AUGCCUUCAUUACACCUGUUCUUCAAUAACAUACGAGCGGCAUUGGUCGCCGCCGACAAGGCCGUUUCGAACGGGUCCGGCUCGCAGGGCUUCCGGCAGGCCCGCGAUAUUAUCCGGGUCGCCUCGGAGCAGGUUUCGAAUUUCGAGAAACGGGUCCUGGAACGAAAGGAGACGGUCCAGGAACUUGAGAGGGCGUUGGUUGACCUUUCGGCUGAUAACAUGGCCUCGGCAUUGGAUGGCGCCAACGAGGUCCUCCAGAUGGUAUUUCAAGCCUUAAACGGAGUCGGCUCGACUUUUGCCAGCGAGGACACGCCCCUGCAGGGCAUCCAGCAGGCCCGCGAUAAGCUCCGAGACGUCAUGGAGAAGGUUUUGAGAGUCGAGGUACUGGUCCUGGAGCAAAAGGAAUCACUCCUGAGACUCGAGAGGACGUUGACUGAUGCUGCAGCAAAAGCGUCAUACCGCCCGUCUCGACGGUUCAACACCUACAACCACAACCACACUGCAGACUACACUCUCUCUAAAACUGCUACCAUCAAUCCUGCACUAAACCAAUACCGUUUGACUUUCAAAAUGCAAGAAAUGGACUCCGCCGACUCUCUUGCUGAAAUGCAGAAGCGAGCCUUAAAGGACCUGAUGUACAGCCUCCUGAAGCAGGCGCUGCACCACGCGCAGACCAGGGACCACAUGGACAUGCUCGAGUUUCAGAACGAGGUGGAGAAACUUAAAACAGUCCUUCAGGACGGCUUGCAGAGUCUCGCGGUUAUUGAGGACGUGCUUAUUAGCGGCAGAGACAAUACACCGGAGUCGGCCUAA